AUGAAUAUCUUUUUUAAUAAGAAACAAAAGACACCUGCCGAUUUGGCAAAGUCUACCAAAGAGUCUCUAGUAUCCAUCGAGAAAUCAGGUCCCAAUUCUAAAACCUCUGAAAAGGCAUUGGAAGAAAUAUCAAAGAACUUGUUAGAGAUGAAAAAGAUACUUUAUGGUGAUGGAGAACAUGAACCAAAUCAAGAGUUGGGUGGUCAAUUGGCUAACGAAUUGUGUGCAACCGAUGCUUUGCAUAUGCUUAUAAGGGAUCUCUCAAAGCUAGAGUUUGAAGCAAAGAAGGAUUUUGCACAAAUAUUUAAUAACCUCUUGAGAUUAAAGGUUAAUUCUCGUUCUAUUCUAGUUGAACAUAUUUCAAAGAAUACUGAUAUUUUGGUUUUACUAGUUAAAGGAUAUGAACAACAAGAUAUAGCAUUAAAUUGUGGAACAAUGUUGAGAGAAUGUAUUAAACAUGAGAAUCUUGCCAAGGAAUUAUUACAUAGCCAAAACUUUUGGGAGUUUUUUAAUUAUGUUGAAGUAUCCAACUUUGAUGUUGCCUCUGACACUUUUGCCACCUUUAAAGAGUUACUCACCAAACACAAGGGUCUCAGUGCAGAGUUUUUAGAGAAAAAUUAUGAUCUUGUAUUUGAAAAAUACACUACCCUUCUCAAUUCUUCAAAUUAUGUUACAAGAAGACAAUCGAUCAAGCUUCUUGGUGAAUUAUUAUUAGACCGUUCCAAUUUUAAUAUUAUGACCAAAUAUAUUAGUUCAGCUGCCAAUUUAAAGUUGAUGAUGAUAUUGUUAAGAGACAAGAGCAAAAGUAUACAAUACGAGGCUUUCCACGUAUUCAAAGUAUUUGUUGCCAAUCCAAACAAGACCAAACCCAUUUUGGAGAUUUUAACAAAGAACAAGGACAAACUCAUCAUAUUUUUAUCGCAGUUCCACACCGACAAGGAAGAGGACCAAUUCAACGAUGAAAAGAAUUUCUUGUUGAAACAAAUCCAAGCCAUCCCAACUGAUUAA